CUUUCUCUAUAUAUAAAUCCCCAUACAUCAUUAAUUCACUUGGUUAAACUGCUACUUUGAUUUGUACGAUGGAACCCUUGGAAGGAGAAGCAGUACCAAAUCCCCACUUCCCAUACAUCUCAACCCCACUUGCACCACCGCCGAGCUCGUCUCUUUACUACCCUCCGACUCUCUCCAACGUCGCCGUCGUCGCGGAACACGAUCCUCCCACUGCUCCUCCUCCUCCUCCUAUUGGUCCCACGGUCGCCGCAGACAUGGACUGGGCUUCGCUUUUGCUAUCGAGCUCGAUGACACCGCAGCAACCGUUGACGCAGGGAUUGGGGUUGGACACCGGAACCGGGAAGGGAAGCGAGGGAGAGGAUAACGGCGGGAGCGGAAGCAGUAGCAGCGCGAAGGAGAAAGGCAAGGGUUUGGGACGGGGAAAGAAAGUUACUAGGCCGAGGUUCGCGUUCCAGACGAGGAGCGCAAAUGAUAUUCUCGAUGAUGGCUACCGGUGGCGUAAGUACGGUCAAAAGGCGGUGAAGAAUAGCGCCUGCCCCAGAAGCUACUAUCGAUGCACGCACCACACAUGCAACGUGAAGAAACAAGUUCAGCGUCUAGCUAAGGACACGAGCAUCGUCGUGACGACGUACGAAGGAGUCCACAACCAUCCCUGCGAGAAGCUGAUGGAGGCUCUAAGCCCUCUUCUAAAGCAGAUCCAAUUCCUUUCCCAAUUCUAGGGCUUGCGUUUGGUUAGUUAGAUUAAUACACAUGGAGAAGGGAAAAAGAUGCCCUAUCUUCCACAACUCACUGUGUUGUUACCUUCAACUUGUAAUAUGUAAACUUACAAAGAAGUUACAAAGAAGAAAAGAAUACUGUAAUUAAAAGUGCUACAAUUUUUUUUUUUAAUUUACCAAUCUUUGUCUUUGCAUCUUCA